GCGCAACUCCUUCCUGGCUGCGCAUGCUGCAGCUCUGGACAGUCCAACGAUUUCCUCACGCGUCCUCCACUUGAAGAGACACGACUGCCUGAAAGAUGUUGCGAUCCCAUCUCAGUCACUGGCUGCGAAUCACGGUCUACCUUCGGGUGAACCGCUGGACGGACUGGGCACUGCUGGCAACGGCCAUUUUGGGCUAUGGAGUUGUCAUCCGACUAUGGACGCUGCCUGUGGUGCUGGACAAGUGGGCCAAUGCCUGGCAACAGACGUGGUGGGUGGCGCUGCUCGGACUGCUGCUUGGCGCUAUGGAGGACCUCUGCGUCUGCGUUGUUAUGCUCACAGUGCUCUGGACCUUCGACUACCUCACACUUAAGUCCCCGGCGAGGCGUCGUAAGCUGGCACAUCGACGUAGAGAGACGCGAAAAGCGGCUCUUGCUGCCCAGAACGCUGACGUGGAGCAAGGGUUACAGAGCUACACAGACGACACGGCCGCUCCAGCGUGGACGGAAGCUGUGGUGCUCACAGAACAGUUUGGACGCUUGACGGUGUAUGCGGUAGUAUUUCUACUAGCGACUGGUGGCCUGUGUUUGGACUCGGUGUUCCUACGUGCUCGUAAGAUGCGGUUCUCGGCGGACUUUGUAGCCAUGUACUUUCGCGAGUGGGAUGCUGCUGGUGAGCUGGAGAUUGAUGCUGCCGAAUGGUGGGUGCUCUUCUGGACAUUGCUGCUGACGGUUGGGUUAGCACUAUUUGUCGGUUUGCUUGGAGCUUGCUGGAUCAACCUCCUGGACUGGAAUGUACUGGGCAACUACGAGCGCUUACACAGCGACAAGAAUGAUGACGAUGACUCAUCUGGCGACUCGGACGACUCGGAUGAAAGCGAUGAUGACGACGACGACGAUUGUUCCUGUCUACGAGAUGUAUCGUGUCGAUUAACCCCACGAGGAGUGCUGCUCCUGUUAGUCGUGGCUUUGUUCUUAGCUACGUACAAGUUGGCAACGACAUUGCCGACUGUAGUGGGGCUGAUCGCACUAAAUCCAGUGCUUAGCGAGCCUAUCCGGUUGAGUGCUGGCGUGCAGUUUGUGGCAGAGCGGACAUCUAACUCCAUCAGCAACCGACCAAUGAGUACGUUCAUCGAGCAAGAGACCGAGCUGUCCCAGAUCUUCGACGACGACUCACUGUACCGCCGUACGUUGGCUUUCGACGGUCCGUUGGCAUUUGACAUUAAAGUUGGACGUGAUGAGCGGCCCAAUGUGCUGUUGCUAGUGAUGGAGUCGUUCCGGAUGCAAGACUCGCGAUUUCUGCUGGAUAGUGCGCUGGAGCAAGAGGUGGAGGCUGCAACUUCGUCAUUGUUACCGCCAAAUGUGACGCUAACGCCCAACUUUGACCGAUGGGCGUCUCGAGGUGUAGCGUUGCGAAACUUGUGGUCCACUUGGCGAACUAGUCGCUCUAUUGAGACUCUCCUCUUCGGGCAAAUGCCGUACGACAGUGUGACUGAAACGGGCACAACCUCUGGCCGUCUGGACACGAACCUUACGGGCUUGCCACAACUUUUUAAAGCGAAAGGCUACGACACCAUCUUCACCACAGGUACGCGCACAGACUACGAUUACUGGGACACAUUUCUACCUGCGCACGGGUUCGAUACAGUACUAGACCGCUGGGGGCUCGUGGACAUUGUGGAGAACGACCUAAACCUCAAUGACUGGUCUCAGGGCAACCACAUGCUCACUUAUUGGGGAAUUCACGACGAUCUGUCGUACACGGCGCUUUCCUAUAUCAUUCGAAGCCGACAGUUUGCUCAAAAUGUAGCCAAGCAGCAAGCAGAGCGUGACGCAGCAGCUGCCAAGAGGAAAACGCCUAGCAAUGAGACGGAGAAGCCUCUCCCCAUUACCACAGCGUCGACGAACCCGUGGUUUGCAACGCAUUACACGAUUUCAAGCCACGUGCCGUUCAACGAGCGUCCUGACUGGUUUUUCCGUUAUGUGACCGAGCAUCGAGCUGAGAUGGAGGAAUUUGCCCCACUGUACAGAGGCCACGAGCACGAAGAGCUUAUCCGCGACUACGUUCAGAUGCGCUACUUCUCAGACAUGGUGUUUGGUCGAUUCAUGGAGCAGCUGGAGAAAGACAAUGUGUUGAAGGAUACCAUCGUUGUGGUAGUAGGAGACCACGGCCAGGCUCCUGAGCGUGGUAGCGCAACACCAGAGCAGGACCAGAUCGCCACAUCUCGAAUUGCAGGCGCUAUCAUCGCCGAGGGCCGGAUACAGACCCCAGUGGUGAUUGACGAUGCAGCCUCACAGUCGGAUAUUUUGAACACAUUGGCGGACAUUGUGGGGCUACCUGUGGGAGGUUUACUGCAGACUAGCAUCGGCCGUUCAUUGAAGCGUAAACCGCCCAAGAGUGUCGGUAAACGGGUGGUCUAUAGCAACAAUCCGGCUACAAAUCUCGCUGCGGUGGUGGGUGAUAUUCGCCUCCACUUCUUUGCUGAGGGAUCGGAUGCUGUACGAGCUUAUCACACGCAGCGUGACCCGCGUCAGGAGCAUGAUCUUAUGGGCGAACUCUCGGGCGAGCGCGUACGAGAGCUUCUGCGGAUUUGUGACGACGGCCGCGCACUAAACGCGUACUUCAAACUCCGCUGGGACAACAAGUGUUUACUGCGGCCAACGUGCGAGCCGCGGCAGUAG